AGGCCGAAUUGGCACGAGUCUUGAGGCGAAUGGAAACCCGGUCGACGCCCGCCUCGGAUUGCAUUUCUCAUCAGCAACCACUCGAGCACCUCAAGUGGUCCUUUCCCCCUCUCCUACCGACCACGCGACCGACGGCAUCGAGGCAUCUCCGCCCAGUGCAAUAAUAUCCAGCUCUUCGCACUCGAAACUCUGCCCGCUCUUCCGCCACCACACCCCGCCCUCCGCGCAGCAUGUCGACUCUUGAGGAUCUCGAGAGCCUCGACCGUCGGGAGGACGACAAGGACGAUAAGAAGGACAAGAAGGAUGGUAGCGACAAGAAGAAAGCUGGAGAUGGCGACGCCGACAUGAAGGACGCCGAGCCGGAGGAGGACGACGUUCUGGACGAGGAGAUCCUGAACCUGAGCACGCAGGACAUCCAGACCCGCAAACGGUUGCUCGAGAACGACUCGAGGAUCAUGAAGAGUGAGUACCAGCGCCUGUCGCACGAGAGAAGCACCAUGAACGAGAAGAUCCGGGACAACCUCGAGAAGAUCGCCAACAAUCGCCAACUGCCUUACCUGGUUGGAAAUGUCGUCGAGCUCCUCGACCUUGAUCCCACAGCAGAGUCGUCGGAGGAGGGCGCAAACAUCGAUCUGGAUGCCACGAGAGUGGGCAAGUCCGCCGUCAUCAAGACGUCGACGAGGCAAACCAUCUUCCUGCCGUUGAUCGGCCUGGUCGACCCGGCCACACUCAAGCCAGGCGAUCUCAUUGGUGUGAAUAAGGACUCGUACCUGAUUCUCGACACCCUACCCGCCGAGUACGACAGCCGAGUCAAGGCCAUGGAGGUGGACGAGAAGCCCACUGAGAAGUACAGUGACGUGGGUGGGCUGGACAAGCAAAUAGAGGAGUUGGUCGAGGCUAUUGUAUGGCCGAUGAAGGAGGCGGAGCGUUUCAAGAAGAUCGGCAUCAAGGCACCAAAGGGUGCUCUGAUGUACGGUCCCCCUGGAACGGGCAAGACUCUCCUGGCUCGCGCAUGCGCCGCACAAACUGAUGCGACGUUCCUCAAGCUCGCAGGUCCACAGCUGGUCCAGAUGUUUAUUGGAGAUGGCGCCAAGCUUGUUCGUGACUGCUUCGCACUUGCCAAGGAGAAGGCUCCCUCCAUCAUCUUUAUCGACGAGCUGGACGCCGUGGGUACGAAACGUUUCGAUAGCGAGAAGUCGGGCGAUCGUGAGGUGCAGCGGACCAUGCUGGAGCUUCUGAACCAGCUGGACGGAUUUGCUUCGGACGACCGUAUCAAGGUUCUUGCGGCAACGAACCGUGUGGACGUGCUGGAUCCUGCCCUGCUUCGUUCAGGGCGUCUGGACCGCAAGAUCGAGUUUCCGCUGCCCAACGAGGAGGCGCGGGCGCAGAUUCUGAAGAUUCACAGUCGCAAGAUGCGCUUCGACCCCAGCGUCAACUGGGGCGAGCUCGCUCGCAGCACGGACGAGUUUGGCGGUGCCAUGCUCAAGGCCGUCUGCGUCGAGGCUGGCAUGAUUGCCCUCCGGAUGGGCAAGAACAAGAUCAGCCACGAACACUACGUCGACGCCAUUGCCGAGGUGCAGGCGAAGAAGAAGGAUACUGUCAACUUCUACGCCUAAAAUCCUGUGUCUUGUAUUCCUGAGAGGGCCUGGGACGGUGUAUAUCUGGGACAUUCCCCGACACUAGUCAAGGGGCAAAUAGCGCCAUAGAGGGGCUCGGGCAGAUAGACAUGCAACACACUGCGACGCAAUGCCCCAUUGCAUUACUUACCAUCAUCGAUGCUGUGACCUACGUUCUCAGUUGACAGCCACAAGUAUAGCGUGUUGGGCGUUGGAAAUCAUGUUUGUUGAGUGAUAUAAAGCCCGAGCCCGUAAUGAUAUGGAUUCAAUCCACAAUCUUGACCUUGCCCGCUUUCUAUUCCUGCAUAAUUGCACAGAAAAAAAG